UCCCCCAUACCCUUCCUCCACGUCUAAGAAGACUCCCAGCUUCUACAGCUAUUUGCUCUUAGUUAGGCUUAUCGAGCUCUCCCUCUUUCAUAUAUAUAUGACCUUGACCAUGGCUCCAAUUUACCGUUCUGCCACUACCCCUUCGUCUCUGCUACUUCUGUUCCUCCUCGUCAUCGUCAGCGCCAUUGUUGAGCCCUCCUCCUCGGCUCUGGUGAAGGAACAACCACUCGUUCUCAAGUACCAUAACGGCGCUCUUCUGAAGGGAAACAUCGUCGUCAACCUCGUCUGGUACGGCCAAUUCUCCCCCGCCCAGCGAUCCAUCAUCGUCGACUUCAUCCACUCCCUGAACUCGCCAGCUCCGCUGCCCUCCGCCGCGUCCUGGUGGCGCACCACCUCCAAGUACAAAGGCGGCUCCUCCAACCUCGUCGUGGGAAAACAAGUCCUCGUCGAGAACUACUCUCUGGGAAAGUUCCUGAAGAAUUCCCACGUCGCUGCACUGGCUUCGAAGGCUGCGGGUCUAAAUCGCGUAAACUCCGUCAGCGUCGUCUUGACGGCGAAAGACGUUGUCGUUGACGGGUUUUGCAUGCGUUGCGGCUCCCACGGGUCGACCGGAGGGAAGGCCCGGUUCGCCUACGCCUGGGUUGGGAACUCGGAGACCCAGUGUCCGGGUCAGUGCGCGUGGCCGUUCCACCAGCCCAUCUAUGGCCCUCAGACGCCGGCGCUGGUGGCGCCGAACGGAGACGUGGGAGUGGACGGAAUGAUCAUCAACCUGGCCACCGUUCUCGCCGGGACAAUAACAAACCCGUUUAGCAACGGGUACUUCCAGGGGCCGGCGACGGCCCCUCUGGAGGCGGUGUCAGCCUGCACGGGGAUGUUCGGGUCAGGGUCGUACCCGGGAUAUCCGGGGCAGGUGCUGGUGGAUAAGAGCACGGGGGCGAGCUACAAUGCGCAUGGGGUGAAUGGACGAAAGUACCUGCUUCCGGCCAUGUGGGACCCGCAGACAUCAGCAUGCUCCACUCUCGUCUGAUGCGGAAAGACGAAGGAUCAGGUAGGUGCGUCGUAGGCAUACAUACAUCCAUACAUACAUAAUACCGGUAAGAGUGUGGGGGUGAUUGGUGUGGUGGCACUUCGUUUGUCGUUUUGCUUGCUGACGUGUAAAUUGGGUUUGUUUGGAGAAAUGUAAUAAUAAUAAUUUAAAAAAGAAAACUAGUAAUAUUAAUUAAUA